AUGAAUGAGAAAGGCAUAAUUCCAGAUGUUGUCACUUUUACUUCCUUAAUUUCUGCAGCAUGCAAGUCUGGAAAAUGGGAAGAAGCUGUGCGGCUAUUUAGAAACUUGAUUGAUUCAAUCCGGGGGCAAGCUUAUGAAUCAGUGCCAAGCUUCAAGCAACUGCAACCUCCAGGGGAUUCACACACUAGAAGAUCAACUUUCGACUCGUUUCUGGCAGGCUGCAUUCCGGUUUUCUUUCAUCCUGCAACUGCGUAUACACAGUAUUUGUGGCAUUUACCGGAGAAUCAUACCAAGAAUUCGGUGUUCAUUCCGGUGAAAGAAGUUGAAGAUUUGAAAGAAGGCAUCAUUGAGAAAACUUUGCUUGGAAUUUCAAUGCAUGAGGAAUUGGCCAUGAGGGAUGAGGUUAUAAGGCUAAUACCAAAUCUGGUAUAUGCAGAUCCCAGGUCAAGAUUAGAGACCGAAGAUGCAUUUGAUUUAGCUGUUUAG